CAAAUUGACCUUUCGGUUGAAGAACCCGUCGGUCACAUGUGAGUGUCGAUAAAUAUCUUAGUUUUAUCGUGAUUCUAUUAAAAAUUGUUGUGAAUAUCGUUUUCAUCACUCCGGACCGUAGUUGACUUAACAUCAAAAUGGGCGACAUCGAGGACACUCACUUCGAGACCGGAGACUCCGGGGCGUCUGCGACGUUCCCGAUGCAGUGUUCGGCUCUGCGCAAGAACGGUUUCGUCAUGCUGAAGGGGCGCCCCUGCAAAAUCGUGGAGAUGUCGACCAGUAAGACCGGGAAACACGGUCACGCCAAGGUCCACUUGGUGGGCAUUGACAUUUUCAAUGGGAAGAAGUACGAAGAUAUCUGCCCAUCCACCCACAACAUGGACGUGCCCCACGUGAAGCGCGAGGACUACCAGUUGACCGACAUAUCCGACGACGGCUACCUGACCCUGAUGGCUGACAACGGCGACCUGCGCGAGGACCUCAAGAUCCCCGACGGCGACCUCGGCACCCAACUCCGCUCAGACUUCGACAGCGGCAAAGAGUUGUUGGUGAGUUGA